AUGUCUGGGAAGACAGUUGAUCAGCUGGGCAACGGGCUGGGGCUCUGCAACCUGUGCGCGAAGGCGCGGCGGCGGAGCUGGAGCCCCCUGGGCCUGCUGCUCUGCAACCUGGGGGUGGCCGACCUGCUCUACGUGGUCACCCUGCCCUUCCUGGUGGCCUACUACCUGCAGGGCAGGACCUGGCUCUUCGGCAGAGGAAUGUGCAGGCUGACCCGCGGCCUCUUCCACCUCAACCUCUACGCCAGCAUCGGCUUCCUGACCUGCAUCAGCAUCCAGCGCUACCGGGGCAUCGUCUACCCGCUGAAGGUGCGGGGCAGGGGCCAGGCCCUGGGCCCUUCCCUUUUCCUCUGUGCAGUGGUCUGGGGCUGGGUCAUCCUCCAGGUGUCUCCUGAUUUCGCCUUCAGCAAGAUGGAUCCCAAUGGGACACGGUGCCACGAUACGACAGGGAAUGAAAACCUGGGCAGAUACCAGCUCUACAUCCUGGCCAUCACCGUGACGGGGUUUGUCAUCCCCUUUCUCAUCAUCCUCGGAUGCUACUGCCACGUGGUGGUGGUUCUCUGCAGGAAUGGGAACAUUGACCCCAGCAUCAGAAGGAAGUGCAUCAAACUGGCGGUCCUUGUGAUGGUCCUCUUCUCCGUCUGCUUCCUCCCGUAUCACAUCUUCAGGAACCUCAACCUCUUGUACCGAACCUGGCAACACCAGGGGUUCUGCUCCCCGUCUUCAGGAAGCGUCUAUGUUUCCUACCAGUGGAAGUUCGCCGGCUCCUUCUACUUCGCCAUCACCGUCAUCACCACCAUCGGUUAUGGGCAUGCUGCUCCCGGCACAGAUGCUGGCAAAGUUUUCUGCAUGUUCUAUGCAAUCCUUGGCAUCCCCCUCACCCUGGUUAUGUUCCAAAGUCUUGGGGAACGCAUGAACACAGUCGUCCGGCUGCUGCUGAAGAAAAUUAAGAAGUGUCUGGGCAUGAAGACCACUAAAGUCUCCAUGGAAAACAUGGUGUUGGUUGGCUUCCUCUCCUGCAUGGGCACACUGUGCAUUGGAGCAGCCGCCUUCUCCUAUUUUGAAGGCUGGACCUUUUUUCAUGCUUAUUACUACUGCUUCAUAACCCUGACCACUAUUGGGUUUGGGGACUUCGUGGCUCUGCAGAAGAACGAAGCUUUGCAGAAGAAGCCACCCUACGUGGCUUUCAGCUUCAUGUACAUUUUAGUUGGUCUGACAGUGAUUGGAGCCUUCCUUAACUUGGUCGUGCUUAGGUUUUUGACCAUGAACUCAGAAGAUGAGAGACGAGAUGCAGAAGAGAGGGCAUCGCUGAGGAGAGCCAGGAACAAUGUCCACCUGAAAGAAGACAGUAAGAGCAGAAAUGCUAUUUUUCUACCCAUAGAAGACAGGACGAGCCAGAUGAACCUCAUCCCGUUGAUCCAGGAAGACACUGACAGACAGAGGCGCCAGUCUUCAAAUUCUGCAACCAGGGUCCCUUCCUUCUGCACGUGCCUGUGUUACAGACCUCGGCUGUGUGGAAGCCCUGCACCCUCCCAUCCCGAGACCCUCAGCUGCCACACCAACCCCGUGUACUAUAAUUCCAUUUCUUACAAAAUUGACGAGGUUUCCCUGAGCACCAGGGAUCAAACUGGGUUCUCUUCCCCAGGGAGCACCUUAUCCUCCAACAGCCCCAGCUGCAGGGGUCACUCCCACCUCCGGAGGAAAUCUAUCUGAAGAGGGAAUUUUUACUCUGAACUGUAUUCUGCUCCUGCAGUCAUAUUUUGAUGAUAAAUUAUUAACUGAG